CCUCCUCACUGGCCUAGCUGUGCCCCACCCAACUCUGCCCAUAAGUGCGAGAGCUCCAGCCGCCUCCAUGGCCUCAGGAAGGAGUCAGGGGACUGGCCCCAUUCAGGGAGCCACUCCAGCCAGACACGCUGGCCAGAAUGGUGCUGACUGAGCUGCUCCUCAUGGUCAUGCUCCUUCUAACUGCGAGACUAACUCUGUCCAGCCCAGCUCCUCCCGCCUGUGACCCCCGACUCCUAAAUAAACUGCUCCGUGAUGCUCAUGUCCUCCACGGCAGACUGAGCCAGUGCCCAGACGUUAACCCUUUGUCCACACCUGUCCUGCUGCCAGCUGUAGACUUCAGCUUGGGAGAAUGGAAGACUCAGACGGAGCAGACCAAAGCCCAGGACCUUCUGGGAGCAGUGACUCUUCUGUUGGAGGCAGUGAUGACGGCAAGAGGACAGUUGGGACCCACCUGCCUCUCAGCCCUGCUGGGACAGCUUUCUGGACAGGUCCGCCUCCUCCUUGGAGCCCUGCAAGGCCUGCUGGGAACCCAGCUUCCUCCACAGAGCAGGACCACCGCUCACAAGGAUCCCAACGCCAUCUUCCUGAACUUCCAACAACUGCUCCAAGGCAAGGACUUCUGGGCUGUCAGAGAGCACCUCCAGGGUCACAGCCAGAACUGCUGGCUCUGGACUUCUGGACAGGCUGCGGGCAUUUGGGGCCCAGAUACCUGGCCUGCUCAACCAAACCCUGGACCACGUGCCUGCACACUUGAACAGGACCCACGGACCCUGGAAUGGAACUUGGGGACUCUUUCUUGGACUCUCUCCCAGGACUCUAGGAGCCUCCAUCAGCACCACAGAGACUUGGGACACCGGUUCCCUGCCACCAGGCUUCCAGUCCAGAUAUUCUCCAACCCAGAAUCCUCCUGGACAGUACCCACCCUCCCCCCAAUCCCUAACCUUGCCCAGCCCCACGGUCCAGCUGCACCAACGGUGAACAGCAGCACCUGCCACUGGGGCUUGGACAUGGUCCACGACCUUGAGGAGUGA